AUGAGAAAUAUGGACUUGUAUGCAUAUAUUAUUCUCUCUGAAGAUGAAUAUAUGCAUCAAUAUAAUGCACAAUAUGCAUGGUUAACUGGAAAUUCGCAUUUCAUUGGUUCUAUUGUAAUCACACUUGACCAGGUUGCUCUAUGGACUGAUGAUCGAUAUGAAGCACAGGUUAGAAGUGAGUUCGUUUGUGAUAAUUGGCUUCUUAUGCGACACGAUGGAACAAAAAUGCCAGUUGUCCUCACUGAAUGGAUUGCUAGUAAGCUAGAUGUUAGAUCAUCGUACAACAAAGUAGGUAUGUCUGCUCAAUAUACUUCAUUCCAUUCGUGGUCAUCAAUGAAAGAUGAGUUAAUAUUACGGAGUGUGCCCUUAGUGGCAGUAGCAGAAUUAUUUGAUCGUACCGAUCCGGAUAAUCCAGUUUACGUGCACAACAUCACAUUUGCUGGUAUAAGCUGGGAGAAGAAGGUAGAAACCAUUGCUCGAUUAAUCAAUGCUCAAUCGGCACAAGGUUUAGUCGUUACAGAACUUGAUGAAAUCGCUUGGCUAUUCAAUGUGCGCGGCUCAGACAUCUUAUAUAGGCCAUUCUUCCGAGCUCGUGCCUUUGUGCACGUCAAUCAAACUACUCACCUUUGGAUGAACACAUCUCAAUUGACGUUGGAUGCGAGAAUACAAUUAGCGAAUGUUGACAUUCAAUCUUAUAAUACAUUUCUAUCCACAUUAGAUACAUUAGUCAAUGAUAGUGCUAUCAGUAAAAUCUGGGUUACUCAAUCAGCAGCGCAAGAGAUUGUCGAAAGAAUUCCUGCAAGCAAACGUUUUAUUUCAGGUUCACCGAUAGAACGUACUAAAGCGGUGAAAAAUCCUACCGAACAGAAAGGUAUGCGCGAGAGUAGUAUUCGCGAUAGUGUUGCACGCGUGAAACACUUGAAUUGGCUACAGAAUGAGAUAAAAAACGAUCGUCCAGUCAAUGAAACACAAGCUGCUGAAAAACUCGAAUACUUUCAGUCUCAACAAGCUUAUUUCAAAGGCAUCAGUUUUGAAACAAUCUCAGCAGUUGGUGCUAAUGCUGCCGUAAUCCACUUUCAACCGAAGCCUCCAACAGCAGUACAGAUCACCAAAGACAAAGUUUAUUUAUUAGAUGCCGGUGCACAGUAUCUGGAUGGAACGACAGAUGUUACCCGAACACAUACAUUCGGUANCACUUCAGGAGAUUACAGCCAACACCUUCGUCGACGGGUAACAAACUUUCUCGAUAAGUGA